GCUUGUGAAUAUAUUUAUAAAAUGCAUUUAUUAUGAAUUAAUAUUUUAUUAUAAAGGCUUGUGUAUGACAUUAUUUGAUUCCUUUAUAAAUUACAAUUUGCACAAAAAUAUCGCCACCGUCGAACCGCAACAAUGGUCAUGUAAGAAUUAGUUGUUGUAGGUUCGAUCCUCGGCACCUAGAGCGCAAACACCAAGCAAAUUAAAAGUAAAUUAAUGAGGUACUUUAAAGUAAAUUUGGUAUUCUCUGUCUUUUCUCGUCGAUGGUUGCCCUUAGUGUUACGGUGUUCCAGAACUGAAGGGGCACAUUGGACUCACUGAAGAAAAUUCUUUCCUUGUUUAUGGCCCCCCUUAGUGUUAUGUUGUUCCAGAUACUAGAGGAGGCAUGGAACAUUUUUCCACUAAUCGCAAACAAAGAUGGAAACUCGCGUGCUGUGAAGCAUCAUGAGUUAUUGACUAACAACCACGAGAAGCUUUCGAAGGAAGAUUGGGAGCUUCAAAGAAGGACGAUAUUUACAGAUUUGGAGGUGGCAACUACGUUUAUGAGCAUCGCAUUUUAUCUCGCUUUCAGCAUGCGUAAAGAAGCACCUUCUUUCCUUAUGGUGACCCUUGUGCUCGCAUGCAUCACAUCGUUCACGUCUGUUUUGAUUUUUGGUGUGAUCAUUGCAUUGGGUGUCACGAAAGGUACCUUGAGGAAGUUGCCGAUGAGAUGCGGCCAUGUUACGAGCUAUCUAUUGACAUUGGCAUUGCUGGUCUUUGCGUUCAUUGUUAUGUCGUUCCAGAAUUCAAAGGGCACCGUGGGAUGACAUACCAUUGUUAUUCAUGUGGUGAUGAUGCUUAUGUUCUUGUUAUAGGUUCCUUAAUAUCUAGUUCGAUAACCUUUUUCCUGUAAUGUUGACUUGAAGAAAGAAUCCUGGUAAUGGCUAAGCUUCAAAAUUUGCAAAAUGUAAAUUGAUCCUAUAUUCUAGUUUAAGUUACCAUGGGUGUUUAAAUUUGUAGUAUUUUGUGACUGGCAAUAUGAUUUGUACAUGUGAGAACAAUCAUAUGAAUUGGUGUG